CUUCCUUCUCUUUCGUCUCUCUUCUUCGAUUUCUAACGCUAGAUUCUGGAGGAGGGAGGGAUUCGGAAGAAGGCGGAGAUUAAUAGAAAUUCUACUUUGUUUAAAUCUACGCAGAGAAAAUCUUUUGCCGGCAAAUCGGCUAGAAUUCGCAUUCCGAUCAAUCUAAUCCUCAUCGCGUUUUACUACUCACUGAUGGGGGAUUCUUACUGUUCGGACUGCCAAAGAAACACGGAAGUGGUGUUCGAUCACGCGGCUGGGGACACCGUGUGCUCGGAGUGCGGCCUCGUGCUAGAAGCGCGCUCCAUAGACGAGACGUCGGAGUGGCGAACAUUCGCCGAUGAUUCGGGCGACCACGACCCCAACCGUGUCGGAGGUCCCGUGAACCCGCUGUUGGGAGAUGCGGCUCUCUCCACAGUUAUCUCUCGGGGUGCCAAUGGGGCCAACGGAGAUUCGUCUGUGGCGCGCUUGCAGAACAGAGGCGGGGAUCCCGACCGUGCUAUUGUCUUCGCUUUUAAGAUGAUUUCUAAUAUGGCUGAUAGGUUGAGCUUGGUUACUACCAUUAAGGACCGGGCAAGCGAGAUAUACAAAAGGUUAGAAGAUCAAAAGUGUACAAGGGGAAGAAACUUGGAGGCUCUAGUUGCUGCCUGCAUUUAUAUUGCUUGUAGGCAGGAAGGGAAACCGCGCACUGUAAAAGAAAUAUGUUCCAUUGUUGCUGGAGCUACAAAGAAAGAGAUUGGCCGAGCAAAAGAAUUUAUUGUGAAACAGUUGAAGGUUGAGAUGGGGGAAUCGAUGGAGAUGGGUACCAUUCAUGCAGGAGAUUAUCUGAGGCGUUUCUGUUCUAAUCUCGGCAUGAGCAAUGAAGAAGUGAAAGCUGUUCAGGAAACAGUUCAAAAGGCAGGAGACUUCGACAUCAGGAGGAGCCCUAUUUCUAUUGCUGCAGCCAUAAUAUUCAUGAUAACUCAGCUGUCAGAAUCAAAGAAGCCAUUGAAAGAUAUAUCAUUUGCAACUACAGUUGCAGAGGGGACAAUCAAGAAUGCUUACAGAGAUCUCUACCCGCACGCUGCCAAGAUCAUUCCGGAUUGGUACGCCAAGGAAAGGGACCUAAAGAAUCUUUCCAGCCCUAAGGCUUGAACAAAAGCUUACAUUGUUGACAAAAUUCAGGUUUGAAUCUCUCCAUAUAUUUCUACAAACUGUUGUAUGCGGAAAGAAGACGUACGGUCGCAAAACAAUUGCGGUUAACUUACUUUCCUGAUCUUUUAACUUUCACAAAUUUUCGAUUUUGAAAAUUGCUUCGGUUGGACAAUGCAUGCUCAAGUUUAUUCGAAUCAAUGAUAGCAACAUGAUUGUUUUA